GGUCUCAGGCCUUCACGUUCCCAUGGCAGCAGGAGCACCGCACCAGGUUUGAGGAAGCUAAGGCAGCGUUCUGGGACUACAUUGGCCAGUUCCUAUUCUGGCUCUUUUUGAAAUGUGCUUGGUUGACUUUCCUCCUAGGGUCUCAGGCCUUCACGUUCCCAUGGCAGCAGGAGCACCGCACCAGGUUUGAGGAAGCUAAGGCAGCGUUCUGGGACUACAUUGGCCAGGCAACUGACAUUGCACAGGAGAACCUGGAGGCCAUCAAAGAGUCAGAGCUGGGAGCUGAGAUCAACGAGCGGAUCAGGCAGAGUAUGGACAAAGCCAAUCUGUAUGCCCUUGAGUUCAGUAAGACGAUGAACCCCCUGGCCCAGGAAUUGGUGGACAAGCUGAACUCCAACGCCGAGAUGAUGCGCCAGCAGAUUGUACAGAACCUGCAGGAGGUGAACAGCCGCCUCUCCCCUUACACCGAGCAGCUGCACCAGAAGAUCAGGGGUGGUCUGCAGAACCUGCAGGAGAGCCUGAGGGAGCAGGUCGACCUCGACGCCGAGACCAUCCGCCGUGAGCUCUCUGCCGGCAUGGAGGAACUCCAGGAGAUGGUGCAGCUCAGCAUGGAGGCCUUCCAGGAGAACGUCGCCCCCUACUCCGAGGAGGUCCGCCUCAAGGUCAACCAGGGCUUCGAGCAGUUCCGCCAGGGCCUCGUCCCCUUCGUGGCCGAGCUCCAGGUCAAGAUUGUGCAGAAAGCCCAGGAGCUGAGGAAAAACAUCGUCCCCUAUGCCGAGGACCUGAGCGGGAAACUCUCAGAGUACGAUCAACAAAUGCGGGAAAAGCUCAACUCCGUGUGGGAAAACACCGAUUAAGCCGUCUACCUCAGUGAUUCAAUCAAUUCCCCUCAGCCCCUCAUUCGCUCCUCAACUGUCUCCAUGUCACAGCCCGUCUCAAUGCGGGCUCCCACUUUCUUCCUGCUUUGUAAAUUCCCUCCAUGCGUAUAACUGACCAUUAUAGUAAUCUGGAAUAAAUUCUUGUGUUCUUGCCUCA